AUGAUGAAAGAAGUGCAUUCGAAAAAAUUGCAUGUCUUGAAUAAGGAUCCUCGAUUGAAAGCGAUUGAAAUAUUUGGUGAAAGUUUAGUUUCUGCUCCUGAUACGGAAUGUUGGAAAAAACAUCACCGAGUCUUGUCGAUGGUUUUUUCGAGUGGAAAUUUGGAAUACAUGUGUCAGGUGGCUGUCAAAACUGUCGAUCAAUUGACAAGAACGAAAUGGGAACCUUGUAUGAAUCAGAAUGAGAAGGGAACUAUGAUGUUGGAAGCGCACAAUGAUUUUACGAAUGUUACUUUGGAUGUUUUGGCGAAAAGUGUGUUUGGAACAUCCUUCUGUAUCUUUCAAGAUUCUGAAAAUUCCAAUCCAGAUCUCGUCUUGAAAGGUCGCCAAUUAAAACAAGCCAUUGAAAAGAUCUUCACUCAUGCCUUUUCCUUUCGAAUGUUUCUCGCAUGGUGUCCAUUAUUUGAAAAGGCAGCUCUUCAUUUCACAGGAGUUCAGAAAUGCAUGGACUAUUGUUCACAAGUGUUGGAUGAAUUUAUUCGAGAACGAAAAAACAUGAUUGAAAGAGGUGAAGAGAUUUCCGAACAAGAUUUAUUGAGUUUGAUGGUUAAGGCGAAUAUUGAAAAUAAUGAAUUAACGACAGAUCAUAUCAAAUCGAACGGAUUGUUGUUCUUGGUGGCUGAAUUGACAAAACGACCAGAAAUUCAAGAACGAGCUCAACAAGAAGUGGACCAAAUUCUUAAAAAUGGUGAAUUGGAACCUUCUUUCCAACUUUAUGAUUCUUUUGUGUUUUGCAAUGCCAUCAUUCAUGAAACUUUACGUUGUCAUCCACCUGUUGGCUCAGUCUCCAAAAUCUGCUUCAAGAACACUCGUCUUGGAAAUUUUGACAUUCCAAAAGGAACCAUUAUUCUGUCACUCAUCACUCAAGCCAACAAGAAUGAACAAGUUUGGCAACACUUAAACAAUACGUUCCAUCCUGAUCGAUUUUUAAAUGCGGAUGAACUGAACAAGAGACAUUCCGAUUAUUCAAUGAUUCCUUUCAGUAUGGGUUUGAUGAAAAUGCAAUGGAUACAAAUUUGCCUUGUUUGA